AUGGACACGACCGCGUCUAUAAACCAACUGCGGUCGCAGUUUCUUAAAAUCUUCCCUGAGAAGGACCAAAUGCGAAGGGUGAUCAAGCCUUAUUAUUCACCAAAGUAUGCACAGGACGCGUGGUCUCACGGACAGAGAGACUACAGAGAUGAGAUCAAAGAUAUUUUCUGCGAUGCUGACGGAUCCAACAUGUUAGACCACUUAGAGUCCCCCCCGAUAACGAGUAAUUUCAUUGACGGCUACGAGUACAAUAACUGGAACAAGUAUAAGAGCAGCAAUACGCAAGGCGGGUCUGCUGCUAAUAAAACUCAUAACUACCAAGACAGCGUCAUGGAUUCAAUGAGGAGUCCAAUAGAAAGCACUCUGCUCAGAACACCAGGCGUGUACCCUGACGAUAACAACCCCGGAGAAAAUGUCAGCGGGAUGGUGAUGCGAAACGACAGUUUGAGGUUUGAUAGUGCAAAGACUUUGAAAGGGAAAAGUCUCCUGAAUGUGAACGAGAAAGACUAUCCCGACACGCCGGAUUUUGAAGAUGAAAUGAUUUACAGCCCUGAAUCAGAUUCUGAGUCCGUAGAACCCAAGUCCAAAUUUAUCAAGAAGACGCGGUUGCCAUUUAGGCGAAUAUUUGGAGGUAAAAAACAUGGCGGUGGCUUCCUCUCGCGGAGGAGGAAUUCGGAUGCGGAAGAGGACGACCCUGUAGACGAUUUCUCCUUUUAUCACAACAGUCUCGAUAGGAGAAUGCUGGACGCAAAUGCGGGGAAGAGCCGAAUCGAACCCAAAAAGCCCAAGACACAAUCGAAAUAUGCUACCAAAAACUCCGUGAAGACAAAAUUGAACCCGAUCCCAAACCCGGGUCCUUCUUUGAAACAGACCCCUACUGCGCACAGCAAAAGGAAAAGUAAGUAUGCCAUGAAUUUUGACUACGAUGAGAACAUAGAUGAGGACGAUGAAGAUGAUGAGGACGAUGAGGAUGAAGAUAGUGCAAAGUUGCGCUCUAAAUUCUUUCAGGUCAGUGAAAUAAAGAACAGAGAAAACUCUUCUGAAAAUUCUAACAAUGACGACAGGUCCACUUCAAACGGUACCAACGCAACUAAUCCGUCUAACACGAUUACGGGGAAUGUCUCGAGACUGAAAUCACAUUUUCCACAAUUGCCAAGAGGCUCCAUUCUAGAUUCCACAAGGAACAAUAGUACCCGGUCGGAUUCCCUAGCUACGACCAAGCCACAUGGUAUAGGUGACGAUGAAAACUCUUUUUCAGGGAAAAGUAUUAAAGAAAGUAGCCUGGCUCACAGACACAACGGCAAAGAUAUAGAUGAUAAUGACGACGAUAUCUCCGACAUUGAGUCUUAUAUCAACGAAAAGGAUUUAGAUGCAUUGGAGUUGAUGAACUCAGAAGAACACCGCAACGAGACUUUUAAAGAGCCGGGACUUUCAAAAAUUGCUUCUCAGAACGAUAGCGUCGUUCAAAAUAACUUACUCGUUCCAACAGAAACUACCAAUACAAGUGAAGUGUCAUCCUACGGUAAAUCCUUGCUGGGCUCGGACUUUUCGAGGGAUUAUUCAAUGAGACGCGACAAUUUCACUUUUGCUAGUACGUCAUUAUCCAUGGAAUCUACUGUACCAGGCCAUACCAUUUCCUCACAUUCCAUACCGUUGUCAUUAGAGGGUUAUGCUCUGUAUAGGGCAGAAGAUGAUUCAACAAUCAACCAUGUAUUUGACAAGGCAGUUAUGAACAUGAACGUACCGAAAUCAGCUCGUGGAAGGGGUAGAAAGGGAUCUACGCUGUCGUUAAGAGAUUCCCUCUCGCGUAGCAUGUCCAAUAAAAGGAUGUCCGCUGUAUCUAUGAACCCUAAUAAACACCCUUUGAGUAAGAGUAAUAUGAGGUCUUCAUCGUCGACAGAGAGCGAGCAACAAAAGAUACAACGAUCAAAUGAUUUAUUGGCGCUGAAAAAGCACAACAGCAGUACAUCUAACGUUGGAAAGCAUGAAACGCCCUCUACUCUUAUAACCAGUUUGCAAUCUAGCAAGCAUGGGUCCCGCGAGAUAUUGCCCCGAUUUAGAAAAAAAAAAAACUUUGAAGACCGAAAACCUUUGACGUCGCAACUGUCGCUGAUGUUCAACAAAAAAAGAGAAAGAAUUACAGAUGCAUCUGAAGUUUUGGAGUACUUCAGCUUUGUAUCCGGUGCCACGGUUCAGAAAUCCGAAUCUAUGUUGCUGGAAUCAUAUGUUCAGACCUCGGCUAAAUAUAAAAGGCAUCCUUUCGAAGCGAAUGUCAGGCGUUCGGCUACUGUUUUUGAAGUAAUCGGGUUUUUGUUGUAUCUUUAUUCGACCAAAUAUAAACCGGAUGAUAUUGAAAAGGAUGGUUUGAAGAUGGCUGAAUUGCUAGACCCUAAUAACUUCAAUCUAAAGAUUGUGGAUGAGGAUGGUGAACCAUUUGAAGAUAAUUUCGGUAAAUUGGACAGACACAGUGCCAUGCAAUCUGUAUCCGACAAUGAGGUUGUAUUAUGCAAGGCUUCAAAUGAGGAGCUUAUUGCAAAUAGAUUGGAUACACCCUUGCCGUACGAUUUGACAGAACAAUCCAGCUUAGAGCAGAAUACGUCCACAUUGCCUCACUCAAGUUUGCACAAACCGGAAAAUGCUUUGAAUCAAUUAAGUUUCUAUAAAUCGAUCAUCAGCGGUAACAACGCUGCAGACCAGGAGAAAUCGUCCAAUGUUAUUGAGGUUACAGUCUAUCUGUACCCAAAUAUCAAUCCCAAAUUCAAUUAUACUAAUAUCAAGGUAGCGGUUACCUCUAACAUCAACGACAUACUAGUGAAAUACUGCAGACUAAAAAACAUGGAUCCCAAUGAAUAUUCUUUAAAGCUUCUGGGCAAGAAAUACAUUCUCGAUUUAAAUGACACAGUUCUGCGGUUAGAUGGGAAUAAUAAGGUGGAGCUAAUUUCCAAAAAGGAAGCUCGGGGACUGCACUUAGAAAAGAUUAAGCCAGAUAUGAAAAAGCCAAAACUACCGACAAUACAGAGUAAUGACCUAACACCGCUGACUUUAGAUUCUGCCUCGUACUUGACCACUGAUAAGGGUACAAAUGCGGUAGAAAAGCAAGAUGAUGGAGAAAAGCCGCAUGUUAAGAAGCAACCUUUUAGUAAGUUGCCCAAGCAUGUCAACUCUAAGUAUAAGCUGUCCAGCACAAAGCAGCAGCCAUCAUCCUUAAGUGGUCCGUCAUCCAGUUUUUCCGGAGCUGGGUUCUUUAAGAACAAGAACAAUUCCAAAUCGUCGUUACACGGAACUACCAAUAUUUUUGGAUAUCAGUCCAAAUCACCAAGUGUCAAGGACAAUCUUCAAGGUAUCGGCAACGGCCAGACCGAUUUCCAAGACUUGUUUGGCGGGACCGCAUAUUAUAAAUAUAAGGUUUGGAGAAGGCAACAAAUGUCGCUUAUCAACAAACACGAGAGAACGUUGGCACUCGACGGUGACUACGUGUAUAUUGUUCCACCGGAGGGCAAGAUGCAUUGGCAAGAGAAUGUAAAGACCAAAUCCUUUCAUAUCAACCAAGUCGUGCUGGUGAAAAAAUCGAGGGUCCCUGAAAACUUCAAGAUAUACGUCAAAAGAGGCCCAGGUGACAUCAAAAGGUACUACUUUGAAGCAGUGUCUCCGCAAGAGUGCACUGAAAUUGUCACCAGGAUCCACAACCUAUUGACCGCGUACAGAAUGAACCAUAAUUGA